AUGCUCUACAUAGUAUCUAGAUUUUUAGGAGCCUCGUGCCUGGAGAACGUGCCAGUCGCGUCAUCAGGCCCAAACUUGAACAUCUGCUAUACGCCAAAGAGUCAUGUUGCGUCUCUUCGGUGGCUUGACAUUGGCUCAGCCGACGUGUAUGCUGAUUUCCUUUCCACCGAUUCGUCACUAAUUUAUCUGCCCCACGUGGCUCGUAUAACUGUUGCGCUCGUAGCACACAAGCUGCAUAGUGAUGAAUGCCGCCGAGAACGCAGGCGGUACCUUCGUUUCAUUGCCCGCAACCCCUUCGCGGACAUCAAUGACUACUUUGCCGACGCAUCUCUGAUUGCUGAAGACCAGCCGACCACAGAUGCUGCAGAUUUGGCCGUCAAUUCGGAGGGGUCUGAGGGCCAACACCCACGCGGGGCGGACACCAACGACGAGGCGCCGUCGGAGGAUGAGUCUGACUACGAGAGCGACGUCGACGAUGGGGAUUCGGAUGAAAGCGAUGAUGACGACGUCACUGACGAAGGGGGCGAUUUCAACACUGCUUUGGAGUUCUUCCGCUUCGUCAUUGGCUGCAAUGGCGGCCAAGGCCUCAGCGACGAAGCAACUGCGUGGCUUUUCAAGCUCCUGCGCGACCCACGUGUGGAUCUGGAGGCUAUUCGCCCCUGGCGUACCAAACACGCCGUCAUACAGUACGGACUUCGCCUCAUGCUGGCGAGGCGGGUGUACAGGCAGGUUGAAGUGCGCAUUCCAGGCGUCGACCACACCUUCGAACUGAUGUGUACAAGCCCCGUCGAGGCCGCCCUGGACGAAAUUUAUGGCCCCGGCCAGGUGGUGUCACCCAUCAUAAUAUCAAGUGAUGCCACGAUUCUCAGCGGGAACGAGCGUGUGAAGGUUUGGGCGGUGUACCUUAGCAUCGCCAACAUCCAUCUCCGUCUGCGGUGGGGGGAUUCGGGGAAGAUUCUGCUUGCGCUUCUCCCAAUGCCCGUACAUGGAAUGACGGCCGAGCAGAAGGUGCAGCUCUUUCAAGCUGCGAUGCAGGUGGUCCUCGCGGACUUGAUUGUCGCAUCGCACACGAUGGUGCAGCUGGUGGAAAGCACCUUCCCUCGCGACGGCUCCGGGUGGAACCUUGUGAAGGUGCAUCUGCUGCUUCACCUUCCGGAGGCGAUUCGAAGGGGUGGCUUGCCUCGAGAGUACUCCGCGGCGGUGUACGAGAACGCACACAUCCGCACCUGCAAGAGGCCGUACCGCAGGUCCAACCACCGGGACCUGCUGCGGGCGAUCGCGCAGCACAACACCAACACGGCUCUCCUCACCCGCCUCCCAACCAACCUAGAGGGAGAUCGCCAGUACAACACCGCGAUGCGCCGGGCGAUCGCCACUGGUCUGCCCCAGCUGUGCCGGCAGCGAUCCAGGAUGCACAGUGCGAUCAGUGACAGGGAGCAGGCUCCCCUGGACCUGUACGCGACGUACGAUGCCGCGAUCCCCGGAGGCAUCGGGCCCUACGCCUACCUGACGCGCCUCUACGGCUACGUCUCCUUUCCGGCGUGGUCAACCAUACUCCUACCCGCAUCUCUUCUGCGCUUCCUACCCAACUCGUUUCAUCAGGUUCACACGGCGCUGGCUCUACCAGCCCACGAGCUUGACUACGGCCUGAUCAGGCCGCACUAUGCACGCGCCAGCCCCUCGCACCAUGGCGCUCCCGCCUUCUCGUUCAUCGAGUAUGAGAACGGGAGCGGGGAGAUCGUGCACGGCCGCGUGCACCUUCUCCUGACGCUGGUGAUGAACAGCGAGGAUGCACACCCCUCGGGAGAGGCCGUGGCAUUUGUGAGGCAGUGGUACCCCUCCCAGGUGGACGAAGGCACUGGCUGCAUGAGGAUGCGGCCCUCCUACGACGAGCUGAGCUACGAUCUCGUGCCGGUCAAUGCCGUGCAGAGGACCGUGCACAUGGUGGAGUCGUUUGUGACUCCUGGUCUUUGGUAUCUGAACAAGUGGGCUGGCCGCUACCGCGAGGAGUUGACCUAA